AAUUGAAUGCUGAACAAUAUGGGGCAGUUCUUUACGGCCACAAACGAGGUGAUUCAUAUCAAAAAAUUGCUGACAUUGUACAAUGUGAUAAAACAACUGUCUAUGAUGCGAUAAAACGUUUUAAAGAAACUGGUUCUGCAAUACCAAAAAAACGUUGUGGCUCGAAACCACUUUUUAAUUCAAAUGCACAAUCUUCACUCAAAAAGAUUAUUACAUAA